GACCUCACCGCGGCUACCGACGGGUUUGCAGAGGGCAAGCUGAUUGGCAGCGGCGGCUUCAGCCACGUCUACGAGGCGUCGGCCGACCUCCACCUCUCCCUCGCCGCGCCUCCGCAGCUGCGCCACUUGCCGCUCGUCGUCAAGCGGGCAAAGUCGGGCCAGUCGGGCGGCUUGUCGCGGGCGGAGCUCGAGGUGAAGCUUCUCAAGGCGGUGAGCCACCCGCACCUGCUGCCGCUGCUCGGCUACUGCCUCUCGCCCGACGGCGUCUGCCUCCUCUCGCCGCUGAUGCGCGGCGGCUCGCUCGAGGCGCGGCUGCGCCUCUCGGAUCCCGACCGCGCUGCGCAGCUCCGGCGGCUGGGCAUGGAAGAGCCGCCAAGGCCGCUGACGUGGCGGCAGCGCGUGUGUGUCGCGUGCGAGGCGACCGAGGCGCUCGUCUACCUCCACGCGAAGGGCAUCGUGCACCGCGACGUCAAGCCGGACAACAUCCUGCUCGACGAGAAGCUGACCGCCGUGCUCGCAGACACGGGCUUCGCCAAGGACCAGCGUCCCGACGCCUCUGUCCGCUGUCGCUCGACCGCCCUCUACAUGUCCACGGGCUACCUCUGCCCCUCCAUCUCCAAGGGGGGCGAGUACUCGAGCAAGACGGACGGCUACGCCAUCGGCAUCACCCUCCUCGUCUGUCUCACCAACCGGUCCGAGGUGCAGCUCACC